UUUGAACGCACACAAUCACAUGCACCAUAUUUGCCGCACUAUCGUUGGACAUAGCAAAUGAACAUUCUUUUCAUUGGUAACAAUCGAGGUGAAAACACGUACCACAACCUAUCGACACCUGGUGAGGCAAAUAUUUCAUUCGAAAACCAACAAAAAAAUUUCAGUUCAAGUAAUUUUUAUAAAAAAUAAAAUUUCGAAUUGUAAAAACCACCGAAACACGACGGAGGUCAUAGAAUCGGUGUAAUUGACGGACAAUAAAACGAAGCGAGCAGUAAACGCGGAGCACAGCUCUGGCCUCCCAACUGAUACGAAAAGCCUGAGAAUGUCCGCAAACCAAAACCAUAUUCAGUCUUCGGAUUCAAUCGAAAUCAAACAAGAAGGUGACAUUAAAAAUGAGCCAGUGUCUGUCGACGAAGUGGUUGAAGUGUCGGCAUUGACUUAUCGCAAUCUACGAUAUGUUCCUGGUUUCAAUGUGCGUGACGUUGAAUAUGAUUUGGAUCACUUGGACGAGGUCGAUGCUAAGGUCGAGGUGAAGAAAGAAUGUGAAGAUAACAAAGAAGAAGACUCGAAAAUAAAUGCUGACUCAAGUGAAGAAGCUACGGAUGGCCAUCAAAAUCAGCAGCCGCCGCAACAAGGUGAUGAAGGUGGAUGCGAUACACAGAAGCGAGAUGGCAAUGCUCAUCCAAAUUUAUCAAAGAAACAUAAAUGCCACAUUUGCGUCUAUUCAACGCGAUGGAAAGGUGAUUUAAAUAAGCACAUGCUGAAACACACUGGCGAGAAGCCACAUGGAUGCGAUUUCUGCCCGAAACGUUUUACAAGCAAACAAAAUCUUCGUGCCCACAUGAAAGCUCACAUCGAAGAGUUUCUGUUCCAUUGCCCUUACUGUUUGCAAGGAUUCGAUGGAAAAAACGGAAAGGAAGCUCACCAGGCCAAUUGCACGACUCGUCGCUACGAAU